AUGUGGAGGAUGCAGGAGGGUAGGACACUGUCACCCCUCGCUGAAAUAGGACCGGUAGCGUGUUUGGGUGAGGAAGUGAAUCUGCGGGCGGUGGUGCCACAUCAGGAGAGGAGACGUGUGUUGUUGCACGUGAGAACUGGUGAGACAUUUGUGAGUUACGAUAAACAACAAAUGCGUUCGUCUGGUGUUGCUGCUGCCACACCGAUUGACGAGACAAUUGGUGUGAUGGAUGAGGAUAUCGAGGGGGUCAGGGAUAAACACUGUGAGGAGAGUGUUUCGGUUAAUGAGAGGAGUGAGGAUGACGAGUCGGAGGACGAUGAGGAUGGUGAUUUGGAUAAUGUUGAGGAUGUGGUGAAUCGUAAUGGAAGUACGAGAAUUGGAAGGGGUGAGAAUGGGGAUGAUGAGGAUGAUCAUGGUGAACAGAAUGGCAACUAUCCGGACGAUGAGGAGAUCGAGGUCGAUGUCUGUCGUGAACCUGAUAGUAAUCCAAGCAGUCCGGUUGACCUCACUGCCUCCUCCAGGAGCUCAACCGAUCAGUAUCAUCCUUUUGUCAGUCGCACUGUCAAUGUUCAUGCACUCGCGUGUUUACAGACUGCUGGGGGAAUUCAUGGUGAUCUUGUUAAUGGUGCUAGUGUUAUUGGUAAUUCAGCGACGGCCGGUGGGGGCUUCAUGGGUGGACAUGCAACUGGUUCCAUGGCGCCGUCCAUUUGCAAUGUGGGGGGGCACUUGUCGAGGAGUAAUAAUGGGGGUAAUUGUAUCAGUAAUACGUCCGGUGCUGUUACGGGGAGCAAGAGGGGGCUUGCAUUUUCCGUUGAAAAUAUUCUCGAUCCUAAUAAGUUCACCGGCGGACGGGUUAUUCAUGAUAGGAUUCAGCACAGGAGAAGGAGGAGGAGAACUGGUAGUCUUCAUGAAGAUAGUGACUCGAGAGGAGAAUUCGCCAGUGGGAGUGGUCAGGAGGACGACGUGCAGGAUCAGGUGGAGGAUAUGGAGGAAGAGGCGGAUGAGGAUGACGAGGAUGAUGACGAUGUCGACAUGCAAGUUGAUCAGGGACGUGAGACACCGAUCGCGGCUAGGGAUACCACGUCGAAUGGCUCGGCGAGUAGCAAAAAGCGUUCGUCAUCGUCGACGUCCUCCAGCAAUGGCCAGGGCCAAUCCUGUGGGCAGAGCUCGCAGAAUGGUGGAGGUGGCUCGGGAAAUUCGGGGAACACUGGUGGCAAGCCGAGGAGAGCACGAACAGCAUUUACCUAUGAGCAGUUGGUAGCACUGGAGAACAAGUUCAAGACAACGAGGUACCUGUCAGUCUGCGAACGACUGAACCUAGCACUGUCCCUAUCCCUGACGGAGACCCAAGUGAAGAUAUGGUUCCAGAAUCGCAGGACCAAGUGGAAGAAGCAGAACCCUGGCUUGGAUGUGAACAGUCCAACAGUGCCGACAACACCACCUCAUCCCUCACCCUACGGACCAGCCUUCCUCUUCGCUACGCAUCCUCACAGCCAUCCACACGCUCAUCACCCACAUCAACAUCCUCACAGUCACGUACAUCAUCCACCCCCACCGCCACCUCCACCUCCUGGGUAUUAUCAUCAUCCAGGGGCUUAUCCACCCACUGGUCCAACUUUCUUUGGCCAUCACCUGACAACACCUGUAUCAGCACCCAACGCCGUUACCUCAUCCACACCUACCUCCACAGGUCUCUCAUUAUCAGCACACGUCGCCCACGCACACGCACACGCACAUCCGCACGCGUAGCGCCCUCCGUAGAUCAUAAUAAUGUA